GGCACCCCUGUACUCGCUGAGUGCCCUAGCAACGAUGAUGAGAGCGAGAGGCGUCAGCGCCGCCGCUCCAGGGCUGUGGACUCGUCGCUGCAGGGCCUCGGCUCACCCUCGCUCAGGGCCGAGGGCUGGCAGCCGCCGCUGUCCCAGUGGAGCAACGCGCAGAUCUCGGAGCACUACAGCACCUGCAUCAAGCUCUCCACAGAGAAUAAAAUCACCACCAAAAAUGCCUUUGGGCUGCACCUGAUUGAUUACAUGACCGACAUCCUGAAGCAGAAGAACUCUGAGCUCACCAACUUCCAGGUGGCAGCUGGGACUCUGGAUGCCAGUGCCAAGAUCUAUGCUGUGCGUGUGGAUUCUGUCCAUGCUGACGCCUUCAAGGUCCUGGGCCACCUGGGCAAGGAGACAGCCCCUGCCAGGGACCUAGACAGCCCUGAGAAAGGCUCCAGCUCGAGCCCCGAGGCUGCCAGGAAAGCUCAGCCAAGGAAGAAGCAAAGCUUCAAAACCAUCGAGCAGAACCUGAGCAACAUCAACGUGUCCGAGGCCAGCCGCAGGCAUGAGGUGGAUCCCAUGUUCCAGAGAGCAGCCGCUUCCUUCGAUGAGUGCAGCACUGCCGGGAUUUUCCUGACGGGGCUGCGCUCCCAGAGCUUCCAUAGCCAGCUCCUUUUCCACUCAGGAAUUGUCCCCCUGCCCUCCUCGGAGUGCCUAGCCCUGCCCAGCUCCCACCCUGUCCCUGUGGCUGGGCUUAAAGCCCUGCUGGCCCCGUGCCUGGAGAAACGCCGGAUCUGCUCCUCCCUGGCCGGAUUCCAGUUCACCAAGUGGGAUGAGGAGACCCAUAAUGGGUCGGUGUCGGCGCUCCUGGAGAAGUUUCGCAGGAGCGAGCAGGUGUUUGAUCCCAACCUGGAUCCCGACAGCGAGGACGAGCAGGGCUGGGGCCCCUCCCAGCCGGAAUUCGCGCAGGAUUCUCCAGAUGGAGACAGGAGCCCGGAACUCCAGGAGAACAGCAAGAUGCCAGAGGGAGCUCCCUUUGGUGAAGGGGACAUCGGCACACUGAGCCUGCAUGUAUCCCUGAAUCCCGGGGAAUAUUCCUACUUCAGCCCCCGCACCCUCGCCAUGUGGGCCGGCCCCGAGCACUGGCGCUUCCGGCCACGGCAGCCCCCAGCCCCAGGCUCAGAGAGGGAUUACCGGCGGAGGAUUCCCAGGAAAGUUUUUGAGUUAGAUUUCCAGGAGGACAUCGACUUCCAGGCCCAUUUCCGUAAGACCAAGGCAUCCAUAACUUUGGCCAAAUCCAUCCUGGAAAGCCAAAACCUUCGGAGCACCACACUCCCUGCAGAUUUCAACUAUGAGCCCCAGAGCCUGGGGCAGCUCUUCCUGAAACCCCUGGUCAAGCUCAGCCAGAGGUCAGAUCCAGCGGGAGCCUUGGAUACUGAGGCUGGGAUUGAGGACUACGACUACAACAACCCCAAUGACACCUCCAACUUCUGCCCUGCCCUGCAGGUCCCUGACAGUGAUGAUGACCCCGAUCCUGAUGCCAAUCCCGCAGAAUUCCUGAGCCAGCUCCCAGCUCAUCCCGAGGCUCCAGAGCUCUCCGGGAUCAAUGGGGGGAAUGUCCCGGCCUGUGGGGAGCUGGAGCUCAUCACCGAACCCCAGAAGAUUCAUAAAAUCCACAUCCAGUACGCCAGGACGGCCAAGAGGAUGGACAUGAGGCGGCUCAAGAGGAACAUGUGGGAGCUGCUGACGGAGCAGGGAACAGGAAAUGAGCAGGGGGAGGAAGCCAGGGAAGGGACGGACGCAGAAGUGGCUGGAGAGAAGGUCCUGAGUGACCUCACCAAAGAUCUGCUCCACAGGCUCCCUCCCACCAUGGCCACCAACCUGUCGGUGCCCCUGGCCUUCGUGUGCCUCCUGCACCUGGCCAACGAGAAGAAUUUGCGGCUGGAGAGCACCAAGGACCUGUCGGAUGUGCUGGUGAAACAGGGACACUGAUCUGGGAUUGCUUGAAGAAUCAUCCCCACAUCCCAAAUCCCAGCGAGAUUCCUGGAAUUCCAGACUGGAUGGACAAUGGGGGACAGCUCCAGCCCUUCAACUGCUUCCAGCCAAGAUCCAUGCAGCAGCUUUUCCCUGGUCU